UCAAUACAACCCCUCUUGAGUUCCUUCCCUAUUAACCUUCGCCCUUUUUCAUCAUACCUUCUAAGUGAAAAUGGCCGAAGGAGUUUUAUUCGACCUUGCUGGAAGUCUUAUUGAGAUGCUGGGUUCUGCAGCAUUCGAAGAGGCAAGACUGCUUUAUGGUGUGAAGGACGAGUUUCAGAAACUUGUUGGGACGAUUGAAGUAAUCAAAGGCGUACUUCUUGAUGCGGAAGAGAAGAUGGUUGUUGAUAAUCAAGUCAAAGCUUGGCUCAAACGGCUUGGAGAUAUUUUCAUUGUUGCUGAUGACUUGGUGGACAAGUUUCAUACCGAACCUCUACAGCGUAGAGUCAUGUCUGGGAAUAAGUUUACCAGACAGGUACGUGUUUUCUUCUCAAGCUCUAAUCAGCUAGUUUUUCGUUUUAAGAUGGGCCAUCAGAUUAAAGAAAUAAGAGAAAAACUAGAGGAUAUAAGAGCCAUUAGCAACAACUUUCAGUUAACUAUUCGUCCAAUAGAAAUGAUAGAUGUUAGGGGAAGUAGUAUGAGAGAGACCUACUCAUAUGUGAGGGAAGAGGAAGUUAUUGGGAGAGAGGAUGAAAAGAGAGAGAUUAUUCAAAAAUUGGUGGAAAUGGAUUUUGGGGAGGAUGUCUCAUUCAUUCCAAUUAUAGGUAUUGGAGGAUUAGGAAAAACCACACUAGCUCAAUAUGUUUUUAAUGAUGAAAAAGUCCAAAAACAUUUUGAACCAAAAAUGUGGGUGUGUGUUUCUGAUGUUUUUGAUGUGAAAUUACUUGUGGGCAAAAUUUUGAAGUCUUAUACCACUGGGAGUCUAGAAAAUUUACAAAAUGAACUGAGAAGUAGGCUAAGUGGAAAGAAAUACCUCCUAGUGUUGGAUGAUGUUUGGAAUGAGAAUGGUGAAGAAUGGCAUAAGUUAGAGAUGUUGUUGAAGUGUGGGGGAAAGGGUAGUAGAGUCUUAGUAACCACUCGUAGUGAAAUGGUCGCUAGGAUAACUCAGAGUACAGUUGGGCCAAUUAAAGUAAAGGGUUUGAGCGAAGAUAUGUCUUGGUCCUUAUUCAAAAGAAUGACGUUUAAGAAAGGUCAAGAGCCAGUCGAAGGCUCAAAAGAAAUGGAGCUAGGAAUGGAAGUUGUCAAAAAAUGUAAGGGAGUUCCUUUGGCCAUAAGAACAAUAGGAAGGUUAUUGCAGCAAAGGUUAUGGCAGUCUGGAGACCCACAGAAGGAGUUGUCAAGGUUUUUGAAUAGUGAGUUUGCAAAAAUAGAUCAAAAUGAAAAUGAUAUCUUGCCCACCCUCAAGCUAAGUUAUAAUCAUCUCCCUCCACAUUUGAAGCAUUGUUUUGCUUACUGUAGAAUCAUCCCAAAAGAUCAUGAAAUUGAUGUGAGGGAGUUGGUUCGACUAUGGAUGACACAAGGAUUUAUAAAAUGCUCUGAUAACAAAAACCAAUCGCUAGAAGAUAUUGGUUAUGAGUAUUUUAUAAAUCUACUGUGGAGAUCUUUUUUCCAAGAACCACAAACUGAUGAAUUUGGUGAUAUAAGGACAUGUAAAAUGCAUGACCUUAUGCAUGAUCUUGCUAUUAAGGCGGCAGGAUCAAAUAGUGUCAUAAUCGAUCAAAAUCCUAAAAUUUCUAAUGAAAAAUGUCUCCAUGUGUCAUUAGUAAAUUUUGAUUUUGAUCUUGAACCCAACAACUCAUUGGAGAUUUUCGAAUUCUUUUCUCAACAAAAAAGACUUCGAACUUUACUUUUGUACAAUUGUGUAAGAUUGAGCUUCUCAAAACUUGAGAAUUUUUUGUCCAACUUUAAGUGUCUACGAGCUUUGGGUGUACCUUCUUUGAAUAUUGAGGUAUUGCCAAGGAAUUUGUGUGAGUUGGAACAUUUGAGAUACCUUAAUCUUUCUCGUAAUUCUCAUUUAAAAGAGCUUCCUAGCUCUUUAAUAAGAUUACAGAAUUUGCAAACUUUGAAUCUUAAGAAUUGUAAUAGGCUUGUUAGAUUACCUCAGAACAUGAAGAAAUUAGUCAACUUAAGGCAUCUUAUGAUUGAAGGAUGUGAUGGAUUGAGAGAGAUGCCCCCUGAAUUUGGUUAUAUGAGUUCCCUUCACACAUUAGAUAGAUUUGUUGCAUCUGAGUCCAGUGAGUUUCAUGAAUUGAAAAACCUUAUUAACAACUUACAUGGAAGCUUAAGUAUUGAAAGACUCAGGCACACAACAAACUAUUCUGCAUCAAAAACAACUUCAAAGCGAGUCAUUUGUGAAGGCAAGCAUAAUCUUCAGUCGUUAACUUUAAACUGGAAUUUAGGUGACGACAAUAAUUAUAAUAUGGUGGAAAAUGAUGAAAUGUCAAUUGAAGGUUUGCAGCCACCUUCCAACCUAAAAGUGUUGCAUGUGUGGGGUUUCAUGGGUGUGAGAUUUGGAGGUUGGCUUUCUUCAUUGGAUAACCUUGUUAAAUUGAAGUUAUAUUGGUGUAAGAAGUGCCAUUAUUUCCCAAAAUUAGAUCAAUUACAUUCUCUCGAGCUACUUUCCAUUUUUGGGGUUGAAGCAGAGUACAUGUGCUCCUCUGCGGAAGAUGAUGAUUUUGACGCCAACUUGUUCUUUCCAUCCCUGGUGACUCUUCAAAUUGAAUAUUGUUUCAAUCUCAAGUGGUGGUGGUGGAAAAAGGAAGUGGAUGGGAAUAAUAUUAGAUCAUUUCCUCGUCUCUCUAAUCUAGUAAUAACAGACUGUCCUAACCUCACUUCAAUGCCCUUGUUUCCAACUAUGGCAAAGGUUGAACUGCGUACAAGUAGCUCAAUGGCAUUAGAAGAUACGUUUAAAAUGUUGAGGGGAAGUAAGGCACACAACACUCACCCAAACAUUUCAUUGCUCAGCUCUAUCCAGAUCAUUUACUGUGAAGAUUUGACAUCAAUAAUGGGGAUUGAUAACCUUCCUUCCCUUGUGUCUAUCACUAUACAAUAUUGUCCCAAUUUGACAACACUGCUGGAAGGGAUUGAUAACCUUCCUGCCCUUAAGGAUAUCGAUAUAAAAUUGUGCCACAAUUUGACAUCAGUACUGGAAGGGGUUGAUACCCUUCCUUCCCUUACUUCUAUCUGUAUAGAACAAUGCCGCAAUUUGACAUCAGUACUGGUAGGGAUUGAUAACCUUCCUUCCCUUGAGUCUGUCAAUAUAUUUAACUGCCCCAAUUUGACAUCAGUGUUGGAAGGAAUUGAUAACCUUCCUUCCCUUAAGUCUAUCUAUAUAAGAGACUGCCCCAAUUUGACAUCAUUUCCGGGAAACUUCAGAAAAAUGUGGGGUUCUAUUAUUAUGGACUGUCCAAAGCUUGAAGAGAGAUAAAAACUUCAGAAGUUUCUAUGUGAGUUUAUGUCCAAAGCAUGCAUUAAUCUGGAAAACAGAACCAAUGGGGGCCUGCUAACCACGUUUUAAAAGGCAAAGCGGAAGUGGUGUUCAGUUCAACAAGAAAGGAGACGGGACAAUGGAGCAGAGAUAUUGUAACUAAUGUUUUCCCUUGCUGAACAUGAACAACAAGAUCAAAGAAGAGUUCAAACUCUUGACGGGGCAGGGAAUGUGAAUUUUAUUUAUUGCAUCGAAGUUAUUGACAAAAAUAAAGAAGCAGAAUUGGGCAUCCUUGGCUGUCAAAUAUCUAUUGAUAAAUUCAUACAGCUUUAUUAUUUCAAUCAUAAGAUAGGCUGUGAGCUGUGAAGAGAAUAUGAGAUUGGUUGUCCAAUGAUCAAGGAAGUCAUGUUUCAGACUAAGUUUCGAUUGGACACAAGAGAAACGGUGGAGAGAUUGGGCAGAAACAAUGCCAUUUGGCUGAAUUGCAGAAAGAUGAUCAGACCAAAAAAGAUGGAGACAUAAGCGGAGUUAGCUGUGAAAAAGAAGAGUCUCAUUCUUUCAUUGCAACACUUUUAAUUUGAAGAUGCUGUUGAUGAGAAGAUUGGAGCUGUCAAGAAUUUCAGGGGAAUGGUUGGAGAGUCAAUCAGAGUGAGAAAACUCUCUUUUUGCAUUCAGUGAACGAAUCGUCAUGCACAUUUGAAUCCAUGGUGAGUAAACUAAGGGGCAGCAAACACAA